CGCCAUUCAUUCUCACAACCACAACGUGGACGAGUGUGUGUCAUCACUGAAAGCGAAAAGAGCAGACGUUGAUAUACUUCGGCUGCUCCGCUUUAAAAAUUUUGACGCAAGUCUCAAUUCCGAGCCGUGGAAGGCACUAAAAAACCAAAAAAAAGAGAAGAAGGAGAGGGGGAAAAAAAUGCACGAUCAAAAAGUUUUCCGGGUUUGGAGGCUUCCGUGAAGUGGAGGCAGGAAAUUUUUCGAUCUCUAGAAGAUUCUAGGGUUCUAAGAGCAUAUAAUCUCGAAGCCAUUCGAGCUGGGAUUCAGGAGUCGUUCUUUGAUGUAUCGGAACUGACUCUGAGAAGGUUUGGUGAAACAAACGCAGCGUGAGUUCUUGGACGGGCAAAGAUUUUUGUGAAUGGUAUAAAUUAAGUGAUUGGGUUGCUCUGUGAUGUCCAAGAAUGGCGCUUAGGGCCCCGCCCUUAAAAGCUGCAGAGAUUGCAAUUAGUUCAAUUGGAUUAGGAUACGACAUAGCGGCAGAUAUCCGGCUCAAGUACUGCAAGAGGGAAAUUCCGGAUCCAUAUUUGAUCGAGUUAGAUCGAGAUCAGGUUCAGGAUGUUGUUCUUCCAGGUGGAUUAUGUAUUCCAAAUGUACCGAAAUCGAUUAAGUGUGAUAAGGGAGAAAGGAUGCGGUUCAGGUCUGAUGUUUUGACUUUUCAACAGAUGUCAGAGCAAUUCAACCAGGAGCUGUCUUUAUCCGGAAAAAUUCCCUCAGGCCUUUUCAACCAUAUGUUUGAUUUUUCAGGUUGUUGGCAGAAAAAUGCAGCAGACACCAAAUCUCUCGCAUUUGAUGGGUGGUUCAUUACCCUUUACACGGUUGCACUAUCAAAAUCUCAAAUUGUACUUCGUGAUCAUGUUAAGCAAGCUGUUCCAUCAACAUGGGAUCCUGUUGCUUUGGCAAGGUUUAUUUCAAACUUUGGCACUCAUAUUGUUGUUGGUGUGAAGAUGGGAGGGAAGGAUGUAGUUUAUGUGAGACAACAGCACUCAUCGAGCCUCCAACCUGUUGAAGUUCAGAAAAGGUUGAAGGAGUUGGCAGAUAGGAGAUUUCUUGAUGUAAACGGACCAUAUCAUUUGAAUUCUAAAGAGGCAUAUGGAAAGGAUAAGCUUGAUAUCAAAGAGCAACGGUUAAGGUUUGCAGGUGCCAAUUCAUCAAGUUCUUACUCUGCAAAGGAGGAUAUCAUGAAAAUUUUCAAGCGAAGAGGGGGAAAAGAUAAUAAAGAUUUAUCUCAUAAUGAGUGGUUAAACACAGUUCAAUCUGAACCUGAUGUUAUAUCAAUGUCUUUUUUGCCAAUCACAUCUCUCUUAAUUGGAGUUCUUGGUAGCGGAUUCUUAAAUCAUGCCAUCAAUCUAUACCUGCGAUAUAAGCCACCACUAGAAGAACUUCAUCAGUUUCUGGAGUUUCAAUUGCCAAGACAAUGGGCACCUGUUUACGGUGACCUUCCCCUUGGUCCUCAGCGGAAACAACAGAGUAGUUCUUCUCUACAGUUUACAUUCAUGGGUCCAAAGCUCUAUGUUAACACCAGUAUGGUUGAUGUAGGCAAGAGGCCAGUCACUGGUCUUCGGUUAUACUUGGAAGGGAAGCGGAGCAACAGAUUAGCGAUCCAUCUCCAACAUCUUUCAUCCCUUCCUCAAAUCCUCCAGUUCCAGGAUAACUCUAGCAGUUACUUCCCUCAGGAACCAUAUGACCGCAGGUACUACGAGCCAGUUCAGAGAAGACACUUUUCUCAUGUCUACACGGGUCCAGUUGAGGCUGAUGAUGAUUCCUCCAUUGUUACUGGGGCUCAGUUACAUGUCCGUCAUCAUGGGCUCAAGAAAGUCCUCUUCCUCCACCUCCAUUUCUCAACAGUUUCAAAUGCCGUGCUGGUUAAGAAUGCUGAGUGGGAAGAAUCUCUGAACUUGGUCCAGAAAUCAGGCCUCAUCUCAACACUGAUCAGCACUCACUUCUCAAUGGCUGCCCAGAAGCCACCACCCCGUCCUGCAGAUGUGAACAUCAACUCAGCAGUGUAUCCUGGUGGCCCGCCAGUUCCAGUGCAGACUCCGAAGCUGCUUAAAUUUGUCGAUACAACGGAGAUGAUGCGUGGCCCACAGGACUCCCCGGGUUACUGGGUCGUCUCAGGUGCAAAGCUGCAUUUGCGUAGGGGUAAGAUCUCACUUGGGGUCAAGUACUCGCUUUUGACAACAGUGCUACCAGAUGAAGAGUUAUAGUUAGAAGGAGGAGAAGAAAAGACAUCAGUUCCUUAAGCGCAAAACUGGUCCACUAAAAUCAAUGCCCCUUUUAAAUACAGAGGUGGAUGGAGAAAUUUUAGAAAGAAAAGUUGUUUCAAAGUGGGCAUCAGGGAGCAUUGGAUGUUUCACUGGUGGGUGUUUGUAAUAUAGUAUAGUAAGACAGCUUCUGUAAUUGUUUUGAACUAUGAGUUGUUUCCACCAAUGGUCGUUUUAAAGCCAAUGCUCAAUAUCAGAUAUUCAGAUAAAGCAAUUGCCUCUCCAAAA